GGGAGUGUUCUGUGGGUUUUAUCACAACUGUUAGGCCUUUGAUCUUUGCUGCAACUAUACAUUAAUUAUUAUUAAUUAUAAUUAUUGAUAAUUUAAAGGUAUCUCAUAUGAAGGUAGAAAAGUUGAUGAAAGCAAUAAGUCAUCAAUACAAUCAUCAGAGUCUGAGAAGGAAGAGAGUAAAAAGAAGAUGACAAAAGCAAUGCAAAUGGAAAUAGAUCAUUUACGAUCAUCUCUUCAAAGCAAAACAGGAGUAGAGAAAACAUUAAUUGAAAGAGAAAAGGAGAUAGAACAGUUACAGGAAAAGAUAUCAUUAAUGAAUAUACAACAACUGAAAGAAACUUCAAUUGCUCUUAGAAAGGAUCAGUCUACACAAUCAAUAGAUCCACCAAAAGGACCAGUUUAUGUAGUUAUUAGAGACUGGGAGGCAAGGAAUAGUAAUCAGCUUUCAAUCAAGAAAGGAGAGAAACUUGAGAUCAAGGAAGAGCGUACUAAUGGAUGGUGGCUAGCAAGAUCAUUAGAUACUGAUCAAGAGGGACGUGUUCAUAUUAGUGACAUUAAAAAAGAUGAAGAGAGUGAACUGUCAACAUUGGAAUCACUUGAACUAUUUCAUUAUGCAAUGACAGAAAAUGUUGACAUACCUAAAAUCAAGGAAAUUAAGAUGAGGAGCAACGUUGAGAGAGCAAGUCUCUUUUUAUCAUUAAUUAAACAAGAUUCAGUUCUGCUAGAUCAACUUAGAAAAAAAGGACAUGGAAAACCUAAAGCAAUUAGGUGGUAUGAUGAUGGUGUUCAACUGACCUCUCCAUCUUUAAUACAAUGUCAAGAAGUAGUUUCUCUAUUAACAUACAAACAUAGAGACAUUGUCAUCAAGGAAUCAUCUCCUGAUAUUGUGUGUGAUCUGUUGCCAGUUUUAUUACAAAAUGAAAAGGUGGAAUACUUGACAAUACAAGACACUCAACUAACACAGGACUGCAUCUCAUCCUUAUGUAACUUACUGGCUAAUAAUAAAUCAUUAUUAGAUUUUUAUCUUACUACCUGUUCCGUUGAUGACAAAGCAGUUGCUGAUAUUACAAAUGUACUACAAACACACAAUAACACACUUUUAGGAUUAGUCUUCUUUAAUAAUCCUCAUAUUACUUCAGUUAGUGCUCAGUCUCUUUCUGAACUAAUUAUCAACAAUUCAACAUUAACUAGAUUACAAAUAACAGGCACUUCAAUAUCAUCUGAUGGAAUAUUAAUAAUUCUUCAAUCGUUAACAAUCAAUAAAAGUAUAAAGCUCUAUUUAGAUAUGAAAGACAAAGACACAUGCACAACAUACCAUGACUAUAAUAUUAUAAAAGAUAGAGUAAUAUUUAUGUGA